AUGUUCAGCUACAGGAAGGCAUGUGCGACAAACGAGCAUAUCACUGAAGCUGACGUACCUGUCCUGGAAGCACUCGACCAAGAGGAGCUGGCAUGGCUUUUGCGAGUUUCUGCACGGUUUGACCACAUGACUGCAGCGAAGGCGCUGCUAGCUGCCCGCGCAUCUGUUAAUCAGAUCACGCCGCAUCACAGCGCCGGCGCUUACAAUGCUUUGCAUGAAGCCUGCCGGUACAAUGCCAAUGUGGACAUUAUCCGUCUAAUGCUGCAGGCAAGGGGGGACCCUGACAUCAAGACCAGGUGCAAGAACAAUCCGAGGACAGCCCUCCAGAUCGCUGAAGGCGAAGGUCAAGCAAGCUUGGUCCAGUGUCUUCGACCGCAAGCCCCUGCGGAAGCUGCUGUCGCUGCCCCAAAGCCCAUGCCAUCCCAAGUGCAGGAGACCGGCAAGAGACCCCUGACCUUCAGCUUCACGCAAGCACACUUCUUACUCGAGCAUGUCUCGGAGGAAGACUCCUCUGUGUUGAUGGCUUUGGGCUCUGAAGAGACAGCAUGGCUGUUGAGGGUUGCAGCAGGCUUUAACCAACUGAGUGCAGCAAAGGCUCUUCUAUCUGGGCGAGCCUCCGUGGAUGUUAUUACACACCAUCGCACGGGCGGGGCAUUGAAUGCUUUGCAAGCAGCUUGUGUCUGGAAAUCAAGUGCGGAUAUGUUGCAGCUGCUGCUAGAAGCCGAUGCGGAUACCAACAUCAAGACCUACUACAAAGGCCACCAGCGGACUGCCUUGCAAAUCGCCGAAGCCGAGAACCAUGAUGAUCUAGCUCGAUUCUUUCAUGAUUUCUCCGCCAAGGUCGCUGCUCCUCAUGGCUCCAGCACAAGAUCUCAUUCCUGGAGCUCCUGGAAGGCAGACAGCUCGAACGAGUACAACUACUGUUGGGCAGGUAGGGACGAGGGCGCGGGACAAGAUGCAAAUUAUGGCCACAGCCAGCAUCGGAGCACCUCUCGGUCGGGAGUUGUGUCAUCCGAUAGUGUCUGUGCAUCCCGGCCGACGCAGCGUUCGCGUUCUCCUGCACCGCAGACGGCACAGGCAUCGAGCUCGAGCGACUGGGACUGGUGGUCUUCUGACGCGAUGCAGCCUUCGAGCGUAGGCGACUGGUGGUCUUCGCAGAGCCCUAGGGGCAGUGAUCAGACGCAUGACAACUGGUCAACUUCUGAGAGCUCUGGGGGCUGGCAAUCUCGAGAAUGGUCUGGGGAUGGCAACAUUGAGGUUGUUGCCAUUGAGAGAGUUGCAUACCUCCAGAAGACUUGCAGCUCGACGUUCAAGGAUGGCCGAACGCUUCAACAGACCACAGAAGAGCUCAGAAGUGGACAGCUAGAUCCUUUCAGCCACGAGAACUUCGUCUUGAGUGAAGCGGACCAGGGUUUCACGAAAGCCAAGGUUUUGGUGCUGUGCCCUUUCCGGUCCACGUGCUAUGACUUCGUCAAGAUGAUGUUGGCCAUGGUGCCAGGGAAGAAGCAGGUUGCAAAUCUGCAGAGAUUCGAAGAAGACUAUGGCCCGGGCGACGACGAAAACUCCAUGGCAGACAAGGCCGUGGACUACCGGCACUUGUUCGCAGGUAACAGUGAUGAUCGAUUUCGUAUUGGCAUCACCUUCUGGAAGAAGGGCAUACGCUUGUAUGCGCCCUUCGACAAAGCGGACAUUCUCGUUUGCUCGCCGCUGGGCCUGCGGCAAAUCACGGGCGUGGAGGGCGACAGGAAGCGUGAAUUCGACUUCCUCUCAUCGAUCGAAGUCUGCGUGGUCGAUCGCGCCGACGUGCUGCGUAUGCAGAACUGGGAGCAUGUCCAGGAGGUCAUGCAAGUGGUCAACAGGAAGCCACAAGGCCUCGGCAACAUAGACAUCGCACGACUCCGCAGCGCCUAUGCAGAGGGCCGUGCUCGGGAGUUUCGCCAGACGGUAGUGACCUCUUACGGACAAUGCCUGGAUGCCGAUGCACUUUUCAACCUGUCUUCCAAUCCACCCGCUGGGCAAGGUCCUGCGCUGGCGGGCAAAGGGCGCAGCCUGGCGUCGAGGUCAGCUGUUCUUACACGAUUCACGGCGCAAGGCUUGGGCUUGCAGCCAGCGUACAGGCUCGAUAUGAUGCAGUCCAUGUCCAAGUCGGCAGCCAGCGAGGAGGAAGAGUUUCUGCGUCAAGAGAUCCGCGUCGGUGGCUGCUACGAGCCGCUCCACGACCUAGGUGAGAAGGAGGCCCUCAUUGUAGAUGCUGGCGCCAACGUUGGCAUUUUCGCAGCUUGGGCCUUGGAACGAUGGCCUCGCUGUCAUCUGCUCUGCGUGGAGCCUUUGCCGCCCCUGGUGACUCGCCUGAGGGGCAGCUUGAAGGAAGUUGGAGGAUUGACUCGCGCUGCUGUCGUGGCUGCAGGGCUCGGAUCCGAGGAAGCUCAGUCCGCCACUUUCCGCUACUUUCCCUGGGCGCCUGGGGAGUCAACGCGGAAUGUCGAGGAGGCUGCUGCGCAGCAGAUUCGCCUCGCUGCUGCUGCCGCCGAGUGCGAGCUUCGGUCGAGGCCCCACUUGCUACCAGACGUGAACCUGGAGCCACUGGCAGAGAGCUUUCAGUGCCGAGUGUUGCGCCUCAGUGCCCUGCUGGAACCCCUGCGAAACAAGCGGGGUGGCAAAGCGACGGUGGACCUGUUGAAGGUGGAUGUGGAGGGAGAUGAGGACGGCAAGCCGCUGCAGUAG